UUCCUCCAUACGAGUAGGUCCGUGCCGCGAUAUCCACUUGCCCAGUUACCCUCUCUCUCUCUCUCGCACCCUCGAACACCAUGGCGGCGCUCUGCUCCGCCUCCCCGGCCAUCUCCACGGCGGCGUCUCUCGGGCUUCCCGCGCGCCGGGUCGCCUCCCUCCUCCGCCUGCGCCUGCGCGCCGCCGCGCGCUCCUACUCCGCCGCCGCAGCACCGCGGGCUGCUGCUGCUGCGGCGCCGUCGUGGCGAGCGCGCCGGAGAUUUGCGGCGUCGGCGGCUUCCACGACAGAGGAGGAGUGUUCUGGAGUAGAGACGAUGAUCCCACCUGACAAUCGCAUCCCCGCCACCAUCAUCACCGGCUUCCUUGGUUCCGGCAAGACAACUUUACUGAAUCACAUCUUGACUGCUCACCAUGGAAAGCGAAUUGCUGUUAUUGAAAAUGAGUUUGGAGAAGUAGACAUCGAUGGUUCACUAGUUGCAGCACAAACUGCUGGAGCUGAGGACAUAAUGAUGCUAAAUAAUGGCUGCCUUUGCUGCACUGUGCGUGGUGAUUUAGUCCGUAUGAUUGGUGAAUUGGUCAACAAGAAGAAGGGGAAGUUUGACCAUAUUGUUAUCGAAACGACAGGUUUGGCUAAUCCAGCGCCCAUUAUACAGACGUUCUAUGCGGAGGAUGUAGUUUUUAAUGAUGUCAAGCUGGAUGGCGUGGUAACUUUAGUUGAUGCAAAGCACGCUAGACUGCAUUUGGAUGAAGUAAAGCCCAAGGGUAUAGUCAAUGAAGCAGUUCAGCAAAUUGCCUAUGCUGACAGAAUUAUAGUUAACAAGAUUGAUCUUGUAAAUGAACCUGAAGUUUCUUCCUUGGUUGAGCGUAUAAGGGGUAUUAAUCGCAUGGCUAAUUUGAAACGAGCUGAGUAUGGCAAAGUUGAUUUAGAUUAUGUUCUUGGAAUUGGAGGAUUUGAUCUGGAGAGGAUUGAGAGUGCUGUCUCUGAAAAAUCACAAGAAGACCACGCGGAACAUGAGCAUGAUCACCAUCAUCAUGAGCAUGAACAUGACCAUCAUCACCAUCAUGACCAUGACCAUGACCACGGACAUGACCAUCAUGUACAUGAUCACACCCAUGACCCUGGUGUUUCUUCUGUGAGCAUUGUUUGUGAAGGGGAGAUGGAUCUUGAAAAGGCUGACAUGUGGUUGGGGAAUCUACUGCUGGAACAUAGUGAUGAUAUAUACAGGAUGAAAGGACUGCUUUCUGUCAGUGGAAUGCCUCAACGAUUUGUGUUUCAGGGAGUGCACGACAUUUUCCAGGGAUCUCCUGAGAGGAUGUGGGAGCCAAAUGAGCCACGCAUCAACAAGAUUGUCUUCAUCGGCAGGAACCUCAACAAAGAAGAGCUGGAGAAGGGCUUCAAGGAUUGCCUGCUGAAGAAAUAGACUGAGGCUAGCUUCUAUGAUUUUCCAACAUACGGGAUGGAUCUCCAGCUUCAUGAUUUUGAGCUUUGCGGCUGAAGAACUUAUCCUUGAGAAACCAAACUAUCGAACUGACGUGAAGUGUGAGAUUGUAUAUAAUGGAUAGCUUAUUGCAACCUUGCAUCCUUCUACAACAAUAGCAGUAGACAUUUGUAUCACAGUAUCAUUGCACCUUCAUCUCAUCGCACGGUGUUGAACUGUAACCUCUAGAGAUAAAGACUUUCAGUGUGGCCCGAGGAAAUCGCAUAAGCAAAUUUGCAGUACUUCAUGGAGUAUUACUACUUUACUAUGCAUUA